CCGUUCCCUACGAGUUUGAAGCAUUCCAACGGAAUAACCUGUAAAUCCCCACUCUCUCCUUUCUCCCUCUUUCCGCGUUUUCCUUGGGAUUUCCCUCAAUUUUCCCACCUCUCGCGUGUGGAAUGGCGACGACGGAAAGCGAGCAGGAAAAUCCACGCCCCACGCGGGAAAAUCCCUCCCCUCCCCCCCUCCUCAAAACCCUAGCCUUCCAUCAUCAACGAUCCAUCACCACCCUCGUCAUCGACCGAGCUAUAAAGUCGAGGCCGAGUCCACCUCCUCCUCUCCGUUCCCACCAUUUCUUUAAUCCCUCCUUCCGUCUGAACAUUUCUUCGCCCCUCCCUCCCUCUCUCCAUCCACUUGUUUAAUCUCUCGCUCUCCCGAGCGUCUCUGAAUUCGUCAAUUCUAAGUAGCUCGGCAGAGUUUCCGCGAACCUUCGGAAGCCCCGUGGAAUUUUUCGCGGAUUCCUUCUGGUGGCGGCAUAGACCAGGUUACGUCCUUGGAAUUUCGCUGAUCCGCUGGUUGCAUAAAGAGAACUGUCGCAGUUGGUUGUUGCGGAUAUUACUUGUUUAUUUGAAGAAUUUAGACCGCCUUUUUUUCUUCGUUCGAGCUCGUCUUCGUAUAAAGCACGUCGUUUUCGUCACAACUGGGAUCUAGAGACUUUGGAAUUUUCCGUGUCGUUUCCGAGUUAGCUAGCUGUAGUACGUGCAUCGCUGCUUGCGGCUGCAAAGUAGAGGUCUUUACUGGGUACCGCAUUGGCUCCGGUCAAGCUUAGUUCUCUGGUCUGGCCGGUGAAAUCCGCUUGCAGGAGUGCUAUAUAUGCGUGCCGGUUCAAUGACUGCCUGAUAGGGGAAUGGGUCUGAGGUGGUGUGUGCAGACAACGUACAGCAUAAAGUCGGGAGUAUUAUAGCAGUUAGGCGUUGAUACUUAUCAGCUUUUGUUAUAGAUGGGAAAUAAUUGCGUCGGUUCAAGAGUUUCUAGAGAUGGUUUCUUUCAGUCCAUCUCGAAUUCGGUGUUUUGGUAUCGGUCGAGCGAUAAUAUGGAUGGUCAUAGAGGGAUCUCCGAUCGAUCGACAUCCGUCAGUACGGACAGAGAAGCUCCUCUGUCUGUUCAGGAUAAGCCCCCGAUCCACGUCAUGAUAGUUAAGGAGGAGCCGAAAAUGGAGCAGGUCACGAAGCAAAAGGAAGAUACUAAAGCAAUGGGACAAGCGACGCGCGUUGUGGAGAUCAAAUUGCCACAGCCCUCGAGACAAAAGGAGGAUGUCAAACCAGCAGUGCCAGCAAGACCCAAGAAAUCUCUCCAUGUGAAGAAGCCUUCGAGCACAAGGCUCAUGGCAGAUUCGGUGUUACGAACAAAGACCGGUCACUUGAAGGAGUACUACAAGUUGGGGCGGAAGCUUGGACACGGUCAGUUUGGCACUACAUUCCUUUGCGUGGAGAAGGCGACUGGUAAAGAGUACGCUUGCAAGUCCAUCGCGCAGAGGAAAUUGUUGACAAAGGACGAUGUCGAGGAUGUGAGACGGGAAAUAGAGAUAAUGCAUCACUUGGCAGGGCAUUCUAAUGUGAUAUCCAUCAAAGGGGCAUAUGAGGAUUCCGUGGCAGUUCAUAUGGUUAUGGAAUUGUGCACUGGAGGCGAGCUCUUUGACAGGAUUGUAAAGAGGGGGCAUUACACUGAAAGGAAAGCAGCUCAACUUGCCAGGACUAUAGUUGGUGUUGUGGAAGCUUGCCAUUCCCUCGGGGUCAUGCAUCGAGAUCUUAAGCCAGAGAAUUUUUUGUUCAUUAAUGAACAGGAGGAUUCGCCCCUCAAGACGAUAGACUUCGGAUUAUCAAUCUUCUUCAAGCCAGGGGAGACUUUUUCUGAUGUAGUAGGAAGCCCGUAUUAUGUUGCACCUGAAGUUCUGCGGAAGAAUUACGGUCCAGAGGCAGAUGUAUGGAGCGCCGGUGUGAUCCUCUACAUUCUCCUAAGUGGUGUUCCUCCAUUUUGGGGUGAAUCUGAGGAGGAGAUAUUUGAAGAGGUUUUGCAUGGCGAUCUUGACUUUUCAUCAGAUCCUUGGCCUAAGAUAACUGCAAGUGCUAAAGAUCUAGUCAGAAGAAUGCUUAUCAGGAAUCCUAAAAAGCGGAUAACUGCUCAUCAAGUCCUUUGUCACCCUUGGAUUCAAGUUGAUGGGGUAGCUCCAGACAAGCCUCUUGAUUCUGCAGUCCUGAGUCGCUUGAAACAGUUCUCCGCCAUGAACAAAUUUAAGAAGAUGGCCCUUAGAGUUAUAGCAGAGAGCCUUUCUGAAGAAGAAAUUGCUGGGUUGAAAGAAAUGUUCAAGAUGAUUGACACAGACAACAGUGGUCUUAUUACUUUUGAAGAACUUAAAGCUGGACUUAAAAAAUUUGGCGCAAACCUUAAUGAGUCCGAAAUGCUAGAUCUGAUGAAGGCUGCCGAUGUCGACAAUAGCGGCACCAUUGACUAUGGGGAAUUUGUUGCUGCGACUUUGCAUCUGAACAAAGUGGAGAAGGAAGACCAUCUAUUUGCUGCAUUCUCAUAUUUUGAUAGAGAUGGAAGUGGCUAUAUCACUCAAGAUGAGCUUCAACAAGCCUGUGAGGAGUUCGGCAUAGAGGAUGUCCGCUUGGAGGAAAUGAUCCAAGAAGUUGAUCAGGACAAUGACGGUCGCAUCGACUACAACGAGUUCGUGGCGAUGAUGCAAAAGGGAGACGGUGAUCCUGGGACAAAGGGUCUAAAGAGUAGGAGUAUCAGAAUCGGUUAUAGAGAAGCACUGCCCGUCUGUUAACACAGGGAAGCUCCCCCGCCAUGAACCGUGUCCAUCCAGUGGAUGGAGCAGUGUCCGCUGCCAUCAACAGUUGUGAUUCACCUGGUCCGCGGUGGGCCUUGGUGUGAACAGGUACUUCACGUCGACACACGAGCGAGGCUACCCCAAUUCCAUCUCCCGCUUUAAGUUAAUUUUUCACAGAAGGUAUACUUGUACAGAAGUGGCAA